ACACGACCCGCAAGGAAAUGCAAACUCGCCCAGAACAGCUUCCGGAUGAUGCAAUUGGUCCACGCAAGGAAAAUGCAUCUCGGGUCGACGUUGGCAGCAUCACCCAGCAUCUUCAGAGUCGGGAGAUGAGAGGGUCGGAUGCUGCGUCUCCUGGGUCCGAGAUGGAGGAAUCUGGGUCGUUGAAAAAACGCGAUGUUAUUUUGGAUUACGAUGCGGUCUUCAACACGUCCGAGACCCGCUGGCCGCUGGUCGUGUUCAGCACAGUGGGCCGUUUGGGGAACUGCCUCAGCGCCUACGCCACCGCCCUCACCUUCGCCGGCAGGAGUGACGUCACGAUCGCCGUCACGCAGAGCAUCUACGAAAUGGUGACGUUAUUGGUGGAACCUUCGUCACUCUCCUUGCCCGUCUUGGCGAGCGAACUCCUCUUCGAGGCGCAGCAGAUGGGCGCGGCGGAGGUCGUGGAGCCGGACUACCUCCGCGACGACAUGGUUGCGCACCUCCUGCCGGCGAUCGAGAGGGCGAGGGAGGAGCGGGCGAAGAAGCCAGGCUCGAGGAAGAUCUAUAUCCUUGAAGGGUAUCCAAACAGAAUGAAAAUGCUUGCUGGUCACCAUGCUGUAAUUCGCAGUAAUUUUCAAAUACGUCGCGAGUUAAAGCAAAAAGCUCAGAAUUUCCUUGAUAAGAUAAGGAAGAAAGUGGGAGAAAAUACGACUUUUAUUGGCUUUCACAUACGGCGAUCAGAUUAUGUCAAAUUUACGAAGAACUUCCAGAAGUGUAGCCUCCCUUCGUCAGACUAUUACGAGGCCGCCCUCGCCCACUACCGCGCCCGCUACGCCCACCCCGUCUUCAUCGUCGCUUCGGAUGAACUGAGCUACGCCCGCGAACACCUCUCGCACGCCCAGGAUGUGUUCUUCUCAGAUUUAUUGAACAUUGUCUAUAGAAGUCUUUAG